UAGCGGCGGCGCUCAGGCGUUCAGAGGCGGGACUUCCGGUGGCGUCCGCGCGGGUCUUCCGGCCGACUCCGAGGGCCGGCGCGUCUCCGGGACAUGCAGCCCCCUGGACCCCGAGGUUGGGCCCUCCUGUGACCCGCCCAGCAUGCGGGCGCUCCUUGGCACGCUCUGGCUCGCUCUGGCCUGCAGCUCUGUGCAUGCCACGCUGUCGAAGUCAGACGCCAAAAAGGCCGCCUCGAAGACGCUGCAGGAGAAGACUCAGGUUGCAGGCAAGCCCGCCCAGGAGCGGGGUCUGGUGGUGACAGGCCUCAGGGCUGAGGACGUCGUCCUCGAGCACCGCAGCUACUGCUCGGCGAAGGCCCACAGGAAGCACUUCGCUGGGGACGUCCUGGGCUACGUCACGCCGUGGAACCGGCACGGGUACGAUGUCGCCAAGAUCUUCGCAGGCAAGUUCACCCACGUCGCCCCCGUGUGGCUGCAGCUGAGGAGGCAUGGCCGCGAGAUGUUCGAGGUCACGGGCCUGGACGACGUGGACCAAGGGUGGGUGCGGGCAGUCCGGAAACAAGCCAAGGGUCUGCGUGUAGUGCCUCGCCUCCGGUUCGAGGACUGGACGUACGAGGACUUUGAGAACGUCCUGGACAAUGAGGACGAGAUUGAGGAGCUCAGCAGGACCGUCGUCCAGGUGGCCAAGAGCCAGCACUUUGACGGCCUGGUAGUGGAGGUCUGGAACCAGCUGCUGGUCCAGAAGCACGUGGGGCUCCUUCACCUGCUCACCCACAUGGCCGAGGCGCUGCACCAGGCCCGGCUGCUGGUCUUCCUGGUCAUCCCGCCUGCCGUCGCCCCGGG